GGUUAACGGGUGUUUGAUGCGUGUGUGGUAAGGAAGAGAUCGUGCGUGUGGUAUCUGAGAAAGGUUAUUAAAUUGACUGGAAAAUGUGCGAGAUUUGUUGUGCUAUGAAUUGAAACUGUGUAUCGUCCUUUUUUUCCCAUUUUUGGAAACACAAGUUUGUUUAUUUUUUCCAUAAUAUUAUUAGUAAUGGUUAUUAUUAUUAUUACCAUUUAAAUUAUAAGCCUAAUGGAUUGACAGGCUUAGGCUUAGCGUUUUUGGACCUUCUCGUAAAAUUUUAGAAUUUAUAACGCAUACGGGAUUGGACUCCAACUUUCAAGACGGCGGUGGUUGUACGUAUUUUAUUGGACUUUUGCUGAUCAUAUUUUGAUCAUGGGCUGUUGUCUUAGCGAAGAGGUAAAGGAACAGAAAAGAAUCAAUCAAGAAAUUGAGAGACAACUUCGUAAAGACAAACGUGAUGCUAGGAGAGAAUUAAAACUACUUUUAUUAGGAACGGGAGAAUCCGGUAAGAGUACAUUUAUUAAACAAAUGCGGAUCAUCCAUGGUACAGGCUACUCAGAUGAGGACAAGAAAAGCUUUAUUAAGCUGGUAUACCAAAAUAUCAUGAUGGCAAUGCUGAGUAUGAUCAAAGCCAUGGAAAUGUUGAAGAUCUCCUAUAAAGACCAGAAUAAUAUAGAAAAUGCUGAACUAGUUCAUUCUGUAGAUUAUGAAACAGUCACGACAUUUGGUAGUCCCUAUGUAGAAGCAAUCAAGUCGUUAUGGGCAGACCCUGGAAUCCAGGAAUGCUAUGACAGACGGAGGGAAUAUCAACUUACAGAUUCAGCUAAAUAUUACCUAAGUGACAUUGACAGAAUAGCAGCACCAGGCUAUCUUCCUACUCUGCAAGACAUUCUUAGGGUUCGAGUCCCUACAACAGGCAUUAUUGAGUACCCAUUUGAUCUUGACUCCAUUAUUUUUAGAAUGGUUGAUGUCGGUGGUCAAAGAUCUGAAAGAAGAAAAUGGAUUCAUUGCUUUGAAAACGUCACCUCUAUUAUCUUCCUGGUCGCCUUAAGUGAAUAUGAUCAAAUUCUUUUUGAGUCGGAUAAUGAGAAUCGAAUGGAAGAAAGUAAAGCACUUUUCAAGACAAUUAUAACAUAUCCCUGGUUUCAAAAUUCAUCAGUCAUCCUCUUUCUCAACAAGAAAGAUCUAUUGGAAGAAAAAAUCAUGUACUCACAUCUUAUUGACUAUUUUCCUGAAUUUGAUGGCCCCAAGCAGGACCAUAUUGCAGCCCGUGAAUUCAUUCUCCAGAUGUACUUAGAUCAAAGUCCACACCCAGAUCAUAUGGUGUAUUCACACUUCACUUGUGCCACAGAUACUGAAAACAUACGGUUUGUAUUUGCUGCCGUAAAAGACACCAUCUUGCAGUUAAAUCUGAAGGAGUACAACCUGGUUUAAGGAAGGAACUACCUAGUAAGAGGCCCAUCUCUCGUAUCCUGCAUUUAUAAACUGCUGUUUUCUGGGCUGUUUCUGUUAAGAUGUAGGUCUUACUGGGGGUUAAAUACAUAUGUUUAAAUGUGUGGGUGAACAUGGCAUUCUGCACACAUUUCUGUUUUUCUGAUCCUUGUAAAACAGGACUGUCAUUGAGGUGUAAGUUCUGUGUACAUGUAUAAUGAUAGAACUCUCACACUUAGGUAUGUGUGCUUCCUUUUGUGCAACGUAUUUAACUUUCUUCCUUAUGCUGACGACUAGCUAUGGAGUUUCCAAAAACCUAAGGUGUUAACCCUUGUUUUUUCAGCAAGAUAAACAAAAUUAGUGACACAACCAAAUUUUUUUCUUACCAAAGAAAGUAAAAAAACAAACAGCUGCUGCUUGUGUGUAUGUGUGUGUGUGUUAGGUGACUGCACUGGGUGUUGGAACAAAAAAAGAUGAAUCCGCCCAUUUGCGACUGUAGGAUUUUACAACGGUGCUUAAAGGUCUGCGAACAUAACAUUUCAUGAUAUGUAAAAGGUUCAACAUCUCUUUUAACACAGGCAGUAUAGCUCUAGUGAGAACCAGGAUGACUAUGAAAUGUUUCAGAUUCUAGUCAUCUUUGUGUGUGUGUAUAUAAAUAUAUGUACUUCAACUUAUUGAUCUUAUGAAGGAGGACUGGCGAGAUCACUGACCAGAAGACCAUAUCAGACUUAAUAUUCAAGUAAUAUAUAUAUAUCACAUACACAGAAAAGGAAUUUUUUGAUGGCAAUUUUUGGCCAGAGGGGUCAACAAGAAUAAAAUGUUGGAUAUUUUAAUUUCGUACAGAGCGGAUGCUGUUGUAUGUAUAAAAAAGAUUUUUGCAUAAACAAGUAAGAUAAUUGUACAAAGUCAGUUUAGCAUGUUUGACCACUAUAAGAAAGUUUAAAUUAGAUGAUUCUGUUUGAAUAUUAUUUAUUUUUGCAUUAUUACUUCUGAAAAAAUAAAUAUACUACUAACGAAAAUGCCAGAAUUUCAUUGUUUGCCAUAAUGACUGAUUCACAGUUUUGAGUGUUUGAACUAGUUUUUUAACAGAAAUAGUUUGCAUAGGAGAUGAAAUAUUAUAAAGGGGUCAGAUGUCAAGAUAGCUACAUGAGAAUAUUGAGACAAAAUAAUAUAUUACUGUGAAUAUAAUAUGUAUGAGGGGUAUUUUCAUGUAAUUUGCUUUGUUUUAUUCUUGUUACAUAUUAUUUAAUGCAUAAAAUUAAUUUUUAUCUGGAGAUACCUUUGGGGUCAUAAAAGGUCACUCUGAAUAGCCACUUUCUUUUUGCAUUUCUCUUGGUUUUUGUUAUUUAGUUGUUAUAAGUUUUUGUUUCUUUUUAAAGUUUUUGUGAUUAUAAAUAAUGUAAGACAAAGUUAACUAUUGACUUUGUUUAUGCCAAUAAUAUAAAAGAAAAUAAUUUAUUAUUAAGUAAUUGGUUAAUAUAAACAAAAUCUUAUCAGCAUAUGCAAGUAUCAAUUUUGUACACAACAGCACCCUCUAUGGACAAAAUGUAAACAUCCGUCAUUUUAAAAAUAAAAACAAGAUCAAUGUUUAAAAUACACAAUAAAAUUUUGUUUGGCCAAUGGCCGAAAUUAAAAAGACUAUGGCCAAAUAAAAUUUUAUUGUGUAUUUCAAACAUUGAUCUUAUUUUUAUUUUUAAAAUUUAUUGCACAAGUUUCUGUGGAUGAGGACCCCAUUGACCUGUUGAACAUAAUUAUUUUAAAUGUUGAACUUGUUUUAUUUUUAAAAUUUAUUGGACAAGUUUCUGUGGAUGAGGACCCCAUUGACCUGUUGAAUAUAAUUAUUUUAAAUGUUGAUCAUGUUUUUAUUUUUAAAAUUUAUUGCACAAGUUUCUGUGGAUGAGGAUGCCAUUAACCUGUUGAACAUAAUUAUUUUAAUUGUUGAUCAUGUUAUUAUUUUUAAAAUUUAUUGCAAAAGUUUCUGUGGAUGAGGACCGCAUUAACCUGUUGAACAUAAUUAUUUUAAAUGUUUUUCAAUGAAAUACUAUGUGAAUUUUAACUCUGAUAUUGACGCUUGGUAGUUGAUCUUGCCAGGACUCGUAUUGUGACCUUCACUGGCAUUUAAUUUUUUCAAACUCGUAUUUCUACCCUGGGAAAAUAAUUUGUUUCCAGUUUUUUUGUUUAGUCAUAAAAUAAAUGCCUUUUGAAUGUGGAACAAGUAACAUUUUAUUGAUAUGACUUGUACAGAAUACCUCAGCUUUUUAUCGAUAAUACUUUUUAUAUCCUUAAGAGAAUAUCUUAGUUUAUGUGUUAUACUACUUUAUCCUUUUCCUGAUGUUUUCAUGGUAGUUCACUUGGAUGAUAAGUUUUUUUUUUUUAUACUUGCGGACUGUUACUGCGUUUGUGUAAUCUCAGCACAAAACUUUUCACAACCCAGUACUUGAUUGAUGUAUUUAAUUCCAAGUAUGAUUUACUGGAUAUUUUUUGUUUGAUAUAUCCUUCCAAGCUUGGAUUAAUGAGAAUUUAGCUGUUUUCCUUUUCAGGUUGAAUUGUUUUCAGUUCUUUCCUUUUUUCAAUUUUUAUUUGUAUGCAUGUUUUUCACAAGUGUGAAAAAAGUAUUUAUGUCUGAUGUACAAUAAAUAUUUGUUAAACAAAGAAUGUGGAGGUGAAAGAUGAACAAAGUAAGAUAGAAUAUGGAAACAGGGUGUUACUCGUGUAAACUGAAUUUUAUUAUGUUACUUUUUAAUUCAUCCUAAACCAAAAAUUGGCCAAUUUUUAUAUUACAGUUUAUUGUGUUACAUUUCUUGUGCAGGUAUUUCAUGUUCACUUAAACAUCAGAAAAAUAAAAUAAACAGUAUAUCUGACAAUUCUAGACUGAGAUGACUUUGUAAUUUUUUGUUACCCAGUGUAGUGGGUGAAAAUUUUUUUAACUUGCUUAUCAUUUUUAACAGAAAUUCUGCUUUAAUUGUGCUAUAUUUUCUGAGAAUGAAAUAUGCAUAUGUGUAAUUCAGCUUGUAUUGUCACUUAGUGGUUUGAUGACAUACUAAUAAGAAAAAAAUUAUGUAUUAUUUCUAAUUGUCCAAUAACUUUUUUAAAGGCAACUAAUGUAGGAUGAAGCUUUCACAAGUAGCGUUGAAACUUUAUUUCCAUUAUGUGGUUGGUUUUAUAAUACUAAGAUAUAUAGCAAUCUUUUAAAUCAAAAGAUGUAAAUUUACAACCUAUAGAAUGUCUUAAAGUGUAACAAUUGAUUUAAAAGAUGACAGUUAUUGAUUUUUUAUUUUAGUACACAAUAAGGAUAAUUUGUUUGAUAAUGAAGUGUAAGUAUGUUAAUAAAUACUAGAACUUUAACAAAAAAUCAUAAAUUACUCAAUCCUUGUUUUCGGUGCAGGAGGUUUUGUGUAGUUUCAGAGAUAUAUAUUAUUCUUGUCAUGAAUGUAAUUAAAUUAUUUAACGGCUUUGACUUUUUCCCUCCUAACUAAGCUUUGUAUGAAUAGACCUUUUAAAAUUGAGUACUACUGCUUUCAUUAGGUGGAAUUUAUAUGAAUCAGUAACAUAUUGAACUUCAGCUAAUUAGUUCCAUGUAUAUGUAAUCUUGCAUAUAAAUAAAGUGUACUAUGUUGUUAAA